AUGAGCAGUGAAGAUGAAAUAAAGGAAAAACUGGAUGCGGAAUUAGAUCGCUAUGUCAUGGCUAUGAAGCCCUGUGUCCUUAACCUGCAGAACAGUUCAGAAAGAAAAAGAUGCUCACUAUGGAUUAAAAACCUCUGCAAAUCUUCAGAAGCAGGCAUAGGAAUAGUGGAAAGGGAGAAUCGAAACUUGUAUACAAAACUGCUGCUCCACGUGCUGCAGAGAGGAGUUCUGAAUGGUCCCUUCAGCCAGAAACCAGAGGAAGGAAUGCUGAAAACUUUGCCUGCCUACAUGCUGGAAAUGAAAAUUAAAACAGCAGAAGGUAAAUUUCAUGAAGAAAAAAUGAAGUUACAACAGAAGCACGAUGCUGAUGUUCAAAAGAUUUUGGAUAGAAAGAAUGAUGAAAUAGAUGUGCUGAAGUCCACCUACCUAAAGAAACAAAAAGAUUCUGAGGAUAUGAUAAGAAAACUGGAGAAAAAAGUUCAGACCCUUGUUUGUGAGUCUCAAGUUGUGAGAGAAGCCAAAGAGCAGCAGCUUGUGGAGCUGAAAAUGUGUGAGCAAAGCAAUGAUCUCUUGAACAAUGAGUGGGAGAAAAGGCUCCACGAUGCCGUGGCCGAGAUGGAGAAGGAGAAGUUCAACAUCUGGAAGAAGCAGACGGAAGAUACGCAGGAGCUGCUGGAGGAGAUCGACGCCCGGCUGGCCAAGAUGGAGGAGGAGCAUUUGCAGCAGACACAGUCAACUAAUGAGACAGUCCAAAAGCUGGGGGCCCUUGUGCAGCAGUUGACUGUUGAGGCUGAAAAUAGUAAUUUACAACAUCAAAAAUUAUCUCAGGAGAAGACUGAGGUAGAACAGCGCUACCAGGAGGUCUGCUCCCAACUUGAGGAGCUGAAAGAAAGGUACAAGUUACUUCAGAAAGACAAGCACCAGAUUAUACAGGAGUACAAGGAGAACCUUCAGCAACUACAAAGUAAAUUUGAUGUUGAUAGAGAUUUUCUGAAGCAGGAACAAGCUCAGACUGAUGUGAUUGCAGAAUUACGCUGUGGAAUGGCUGUGCUGAAACAGCAAUUGCAAGACUCUGAACAUCAAAGGAAGCAACAGCUGAGGGAAUACAAGUUUCAGCAGGACAAGCUUCACAUGCAGCAUGUGUAUGAGAAACAGAUUAAUGGCAUUUGGAAUGAUCUGGAUAAAGAAAGAGAAGAUGCUCAAAAGAAAAUUCACCACCUGGAACAGGCUCUGAAGGAGGAGGAGGAGCAGCUGAGUGAAGUGGUUUGCCAUAGAAGUGAAUUUUUUCAGGAAGUUGGGUCAAACCAAUCAGUGGUCAGGUUUGGAUAUUGGCACCUGGAGUGACCACUGAAGGCAUAGACACGCCUCUGAGAACACAGGGGCUUAGAAGCAAGAACUCCCAGGGGAACUCUCUCUUUGGUUCUGGUCAGAGUGCAGUGCAGGCUCUCCCCUGCCCAGCCACAGGCUGGGUGUGGGAGGGGAAGCCAUGCGGCCUGGACAAGGUAGGCUGAGGGGGCUGAAGGACUGGAACCGAGCCAGCUCCUGCGGACAGAAGGGUGGAGAGAAGCAGAGAUGCCUUUGUCCCCCAACCCGCAGAGGGAAAGAGACAGGGAGUGUGAUGGUAUCUGAAAUUUGCCAGCAGAGAAGAAGGAGGUGGGAGAUGCCCAGCGUGGGAGUUGGGAGUUCUGGGCAGAGAUUUCAGCCGUCCAAGGAGUCUGAACUUUUAACCCUAUCCUGGGAAAUGAAGGCUUUGUAAAAUAUUAUUCCUCCUUGAUUUAUAGUGGAAGAGAGACAGUCUGGGACCUGAGAUGUUAGAAGAAGAAAUUUUUAGGUGGGAGGAGAUGAUGGAGUAGCUUUUGGCUGCACUUGUCUUGUUAGCCAUAGACUGAACCAAAUUCUCCUGCAAUAAAGACUGCAUUUUAGGGGGAUGCAGUGGUGACCCAAGGAGACCAGCUUCAGCAACCACCAGCACAGGAAUGGCAAGAACAGAGAAAAGCUGAGGAGGGAAUAGUGAUGCCCUCUGUCUCAGGAAGAAGAUGAUCUCUGUUCUUGGACCCUCAGCCCCAGUGGGAAAAUCGGGGGGACUGUGGUCCCAAGAUGAGAAGCUGAACUGUUGUCUCUUUUGGUCCGUGGCAAAGCAUCCUUAAAGGAGCCCUAUAGGCAGUCUGUCCAUGCACGGUGGUGAGAGCACUGUGACAUGGAAAGGAGAGUGUCACACUGGCAGAUUUUCUCUGGGCGGUGCCAUGUGUGACAUGGAAACACAGGAGGUGGCAACUGUGUUUCCUGGGAGGUCUAUGGUACAGAAGAGACGCCUCUCUCUCGAUGGACUGAGUACUGAUUAUCUGAAGGGUGGCAACUUGAUCAGGAAUCCCGGGUGAUGUCUCACUGUGGUAGUUUUGGAAACUGGGUGGGAGGAAGAGUGUUCUGGAGGGUCUUCAUCCUGGAUUUAGUGUGUGUGUCUUGUACAGUAGUAGUAGUUUAAUAAAGUUUUUUUUCAUUUGUUA